UGGGAGUGGCAGAUUUCUAGUCAAAAGCUGGUGUUGGUCAACUGGUCAGAUUAGUCAGUUGCUUUUGGAGGGAAGGUGCACUGCGAAUUUCUCCUGCUGUUGCUGAAGGGAUUUUAUCAGAGACAACUUCCAACUUCCAGACUACUCUUCCAACACUCUUUAUCCAAGGGAUUUCUGCUGCUGCUGAAGUAAUAUCCCCAGUGACAACUUUAAUCUACAAAGAGUCUAAGUGCAAGAUGCCACGGAAAAAGUCAUUCAGAAUGAGGCGUGCGCCCAAGACUGUGAGUACUGUGGUUGAUGUGCAGUGCUGCUGCGAUUCUAAAUUAGUUGGUGGAUUGGUGUGUGGUACCAAGCAUUUCAGGUUGCUCGACAGAAACAAUGAAAGAACAGAGAUUUGUAGUGUUUUAGGUCUUAUUAGGCAUAAAGUGUCAAAUGUGUGUACUUGGAAGGCUGGUGUGAUGGAUUCAAUUUGUGAUGAAGGAAGGAUACUUUUGGAGGAGAGGAAACCUAAAAAGGGUUUGGCUGGUAGAUAUAAUGCUUUCAACAGAGUGGCUGAUGUUUCUCUAGGUAAAGUAAUACAUGGUUCUUGUGAUUACUUGGAGUUUUCUAGUGCUUUACAAGAGACAUUGCUUGAUCAACAGUCUUGUUUGUUAAACUUAGAUGGAUAUCACUGUGCAGUUGUGUAUCACAAUGAAUAUUUCAUUGUUUUGGAUUUUAACGCUUGCAAUUCUUCUGGUUUGCCGUGUGACUUUGGCGUCUGUGUAGCACAAUUUCACACUAGUCUGAAUGAAACCAUGCUGUUUUUCACAACAUUGCUUGAGAAGCUAAAAGCAAAGGUGUUCUCUGUUGCUAGUGUAAUGGUGAGGUUGGCUGAUGAACAGGUUUCAUCAAUGCAUUGUCCAAGUACUGCUAACGGUAUGCAUGAAAGUCCUGUGAAAAUCUCUGAACAAAAAGUCUGUGUUCCAGAAGGUGUUGAACUGAAGGAGUGUUAUGUUAAUUUGAAAAGGAUGGCAAAUGAUAAAGCUGGAAAGUCUACUGUGCAAACCCCCAAAAAAAGGAAAUUAGUCAAAAUGGAAGCUAUCCAUGAUUCAGAUGUUCAGUGUGAUAUAAACAGUGUUCGAUGUGUCCAGGGUUCUUUUCAUCAAGGGCAUUCUAGAUUUGGGAGAAACGGUGGGCGUCAAUGUGUGGCUAAUUCAUUAGCAGCUAUGGUAAUGCAUGAAAAGAAAAACGUCAUUGGGUGGAAUACAAAAUAUUUGGACAGUGUUCUCAUUUCAGGAAACAAAUUUUAUUCGUUUUGCAAAACACAAGGACUAAUUACUGAUGGUAGUGAAAGCCAGUAUCUGCUUGUAACAGACUUGCCACAAACAGCCAGAAUUGAUGAUUCUGAAUAUACUUUUACAUUUAGUGACCCUGUGGUAGGGGAUGUGAAUGUAGAGGAUGGCGAACUUCUCAGAUCAGGCAUUGCAUAUAGUUUAAUAAGUGGUCUAGAAAAAAUCUUUUCAAUGCAUGACAGAUGUUUUUUCACUUAUGAUCAGAGGACCUGUGCUAUAAUUCACGUAAAUGGUCAGUUUGCUUUGAUUGAUUCUCACGCACGAGAUGUGUAUGGUAGGACAAACAGUCAGGGGAAAAGCAUUGUUCUGUACUUUCCUUCACUUCAUGACAUUGUUGCUUUGGUGCAUGUGUGGGUUUUAGAUAGAGAGACACUGCUUGAAUCAAAUGAUUUUGAGAUUACGGGGGUUGAUAUUUGUCCUGUUGUGAGUAAUUUGGAAAACAAUGAAAGUUGCUUGGAAAGAGUAGUUGGUAACAAUAGUGAGUGUAUGUUGGUUGAUGAUUCUAGUUCUUCUUACUCAUCUGAAGAUACACAUGAUGUUACUUUCAUGAAGGAAUUGCCCAGUGUAAAGUAUCAGUUUAGUGUACUGUGUAAAGAUGUAGCUCAGGGUAUAUGUAAUAAGCUGAAUGUAAGUUUUGAAAAGAGGUCUAGCAUGGUGCCAGGCAGGUAUGGGGAUUUAGGAAAACCUUGUAAAACAGAAAAUAUAGUGGGUGAUGGAAACUGCUUCUUCAGGUGUAUAUCACAAGUAGUCAGUGGUAAUCAAGCAUACCACCGUAGAUUUAGACUUGCUAUAGUAAAACACAUGCAGGCUAAUGAGGCUCAGUACAGUACAGACAUAAGACAGGAUUACACAUCGCUGAAGGAGUACUUAGAGAGGUCUAGAAUGAAUUUUGUUGGAAGUUGGGCAACAGAUAUUGAAAUCCAAGCUGCAGCAGAUUUUCUAGGUGUAGAUGUUUACACUUACACUAGUGAUAAAUGGCUGAAGUUUAACUGCAGGGGCUCAAAAGUUACAGAGGAUGGAAUUUAUUUGGUUCAUAGAAAUGGGAACCACUAUGAAACUGUUGUGUGCGUGAAACGUGGGAGUUGUCAAGAUUGCCAUAUGUUGUGUAAAAUACAUGAGUUAAAUAAUGCAUGCCCUAUGCAAACACGCUCUGUAGGAAACAAUCAAGCUAGUAGUCAGAGUUUGAUAACAGCAGGUGAACCCCACAUAAACAAAUGUGCACUGAAACACAAAGGUAGUGAUAUAGAAAAAACAGACAGAAAGAGGAGAUGUUUAAAUAUCACUGAGGCUGAUUGUAAGGAAGCUACAGAGCAUACAGCAGUUUUAAAAUGUCCUAAACAAAUAAAAUCUAAAUACAUAAGAGAAAAGUACAAAAAUGCAAUGAAAGUGCAUUACAAAACAAACACAAUCUAUAGAAACAAGAUAAAGAUGCAUAAUGUCAACAAGUACAAAAAAGACACCAGUCAUCGUUCAAAACUGAUUGUGUGUAUGAAAUUAAGAUACACAAAUGAUGAAAAAUACAGGUUUAAUGUUCGAAAUCGCAGCAAAAGCAAAUAUGCUACUAAUGAACACUUUAGGCAACAGCUCCAUGAAUUUAGCAAACAUAAAUAUGCGACUGAUACAGAAUUCAGCAAAGCAGUUCGUGAAUUCAGUAAAGAUAAAUAUGCUACUCACCCAGAAUUCAGCAAAGCAGUUCGUAAAUUCAGUAAAGAUAAAUAUGCUACAGACGCAGAAUUCAGCAAAGCAGUUCGUAAAUUCAGUACAAAUAAAUAUGCUUCUCACCCAGAAUUCAGCAAAGCAGUUCGUAAAUUCAGUAAAGAUAAAUAUGCUACUCAUGCAGAAUUCAGCAAAGCAGUUCGUAAAUUCAGUAAAGAUAAAUAUGCUACAGACGCAGAAUUCAGCAAAGCAGUUCGUAAAUUCAGUAAAGUGAAAUAUGCUGACAACCUAAAGUUUAGGUGUGCAGUUCAGGAAAAUGUAAAAAAGAAACGUGCUGUUUUAAAACAAAAUCUUGAAAGUUUUUCUCAAGUUUUAAAAGACUUUAAUUCUAUCAUAAGGAAUGGGCCAGAUUUCGUAUGUUGUGUUUGUCAUAGGUUGCUCUUUAAGCAUCAAGUGUCUCUUUGUAAAAUUGAUAAGUACAAGACUACAAAGGAAAUGCAGGCAGUAGCUGAGCAGUGUAUCACUGAAGAUUAUCUACAUAAGUGUGGUCCAGGGUGUGAUGUUCCAUGCAACUGGUUGGCAACAAGCAAAUCUCAGUUGUGGAUUUGUCACAAUUGUGAUUUUAAACUCUGCCAAAGUAUAAUGCCUCCAGAAAGUGUUUUAAAUAACUUGCAGCUUGAAACAGUACCACCAGAGCUCAGUUGUCUAAACAGUUUAGAACAACAUUUGGUAGCUUUACAUAUUCCGUUUAUGAAGCUCUUAGCUUUACCUAAAGGAGCACAAAAUGGUGUUCAUGGACCAGUUACUUGUGUUCCUUCAAAUGUUGUUGAUACAACAAACUUGCUACCACGAGCUAACAUGCAGGGGUCUAUGUUGUGUGUUAAGUUAAAACGUAAGUUAACAUAUAAAGGGCAUUAUGAAUAUAAAUAUGUGAACACUGAGCAUGUAAAGAGAGCAUUGCAGUAUUUGAAAAAAAACAACCCAUAUUAUGCUAACAUAAAUUACAACGAAAAUUGGUUAAAUGAAUUUGAAGAAUCAAGUCAACAAAAUAUCAAUGAAAAUGAAAUUUACUCAUCGCUUUCAAAUCAUAGUUGUGUUGACACAGAAGAGGCAGAUAAUGUCAAUUUCACAGCUGACCACACAGAACAACCACACAUCAAAUCAGAUGAGACUUUACAUGACAGACAAACGCAUGGUAUGUUUAUGGAUACGUGUCUUCAGCCAGUUGAUUUAGGCCAAGAAAUCUUAGAUCAAUAUGAUAAUAUUUUAAACAUAGCUCCUGCAGAAGGUAACAAUCCCAUUCGGUUACUUUCUGACAAAAGUAAUGAGGCUAAAAGUUUUCCAGCAUUGUUUCCAAUGGGUGGUCCAACAUUUCAUGAUUUUAGAAAUCAGCGGCUUACACUGUCACGCUAUUUUAACAAUCGUAUUUUGAAUGCAGAUAGUAGGUUUGCUAACAAUAAUGAAUACAUCUUCUAUGCUCAGUAUAUGAGUGAAGUAGAACAGGUUUCAUCUAGUAUAUCAAUAGCAAUGCGCAAAGGCCAUAAUUCAAACACAUCUAGGGAAUUUUCUGCAGAGUUAGUGAAAGAUAGGCAAACCCUAAAGCAGUUUCUGAACUGUGAUGAUGGUUAUAGGUUUCUUCGACCCAUCAGAGGAACUCCUGUGUAUUGGUCAGGUGUUCAAAAAGAUUUGUUUGCCAUGGUAAGGCAGCUUGGCAUACCUACAUUUUUUUGUUCCUUCAGUUCAGCAGAUAUGAGAUGGGACAAUUUAUUAGAAAGCAUGCUGCAACAGGAAAACAGGACUGAUAGUGUAGACAGUUUAGAUUGGGCAGAUAAAUGUGGCCUAUUGCGACGUAACCCAGUUAUAGCAGCACGCAUGUUUGAUUUUAGAUGGCAUACAUUUUUAAAUAAAGUAAUCUUGUCACCGAGUCAACCGAUAGGUAAAGUACUGGAUUAUUUUUAUCGUGUUGAGUUUCAGCAAAGAGGGAGUCCCCAUGUACAUGCAAUGUUUUGGGUGGACAAUGCUCCUCAAAUUGAUAAAGAUGAUGACAAUAAUGUGGUAAAAUUCAUAGACCAAUAUAUAUCAUCUGAAUUACCAAGGAAUGACGAUGAACUUGUUGAAAUUGUCUCAACUGUUCAAAUGCACAGUAGGAGGCAUUCAAAAACGUGUCGAAAGCGCAACAGUGUAUGUCGUUUUAAUUUUCCACGACCACCUUCAAAUAAAACGUUUAUUUCUAGAAAAACAAAAGAAGAGGAAUCAACUAAAAAGUGCAGUUGCAGUGCAGUUUCCUGUACAUGUGCUUGUGAAGUCUCAAAUAAGGUCAUGAAUAAAGAACAGGCAACAAAAAUAUUAGCUAUGGUAAGGUCAGCUAUAUCUACAGAUACAAAUACUUGUAAUACAGUUUCUGAGUUGUUUGCCAGUAUUGGUAUUAACCAAGAAAUGUUUGAACUGGCCUAUAACAUUGCUGGCAGAAAAACUCAAGUUGUUCUGAAAAGAGAAAUUACAGAUUUGUGGGUAAAUCCCUAUAAUAAAAACUUACUGAAGGCUUGGAAUGCUAAUAUGGAUAUUCAAUAUAUAGUAGAUGCAUAUGCAUGCAUUGUAUACAUCAUUUCAUACAUUUCCAAGGCUGAAAAGGAGAUGGGAUUGUUAUUAAGUGCUGCCCAUCGUGAAGCUUCAAAGCACAACAAUGUUGAUGUAAAAGGCACAUUGCAACAAUUGGGCAGUGUUUAUUUACAUAAUCGGGAUGUAGGUGCUCAAGAAGCAGUGUAUAGACUGACAAAUAUGCAUCUAAAAGAAGCUUCACGUAAAGUAGAGUACAUACCCACAGGUGAUAAUUGUGUUCGGCUGAGCCUGCCACUAAAAGUGCUUCAGCAGAAAGCACAGUCAAAUGAGCUCACCGAAAAAGCCAUGUGGAUGACAAACCAUGUUGAUAGGUAUAAAGCAAGGCCAGUAAGAGACCCUUUUCAGGACAUGUGUAUAGCAGUAUUUGUGUCUCAAUAUCGUGUUGUGGGCAGAACAGAGAAAUGUGCAGACAAAAUUCAGCUGCAAAACAAUGCAGGGUUUGUUAAAAAAAGAACUAGGUCAAAGCCAGCGGUUGUAAGGUAUGCAAGAUUCUCUGUUGAUUCCAAUCCGGAAAAAUAUUAUCAAAGUAUUUUGCAAUUAUUCUUGCCAUACCGCUGUGAAAAUGACUUAAAACCAGCUGACUUCCCAACAUUUGAACUAUUUUAUCACAAUGGCCAAUAUGAAAUAAAUGGCUCAAUGCAAAAUGUGAAAAAUGUAGUAGAUGAAAAUAAGCAAUUAUUUGAAAAAGAUGAUGAAAUUCUUUCUCAAGUUCAGCAUGUUGUUGUUGAUAAUGGCAAUUUAGAAGAUGCAUGGUGUGAGAUGUGUCCGGAGCAAGAGUCAGAGCGCUUAGAAUGCCAGGAGGAAAAAACACAAAGACCAGUAGAGCCUGAGGAGCAUGUAGAUCAAAUUCCUGAUUUAUCUGUUCCAAGUGUAAAAAAACAUAGUUUUGAGCCAAAUUUGAAUGUACUUUGUAGAUCAGAUGCUCUCAAUCUGCUGAGGUCUCUUAACUCUGAGCAGAAAGACAUAUUUUAUCAAGUUAGACAAUGGUGUUUAGAUAAAGUUAGAGGGAAACAGCCAGAGCCUUUCCAUUUGUUUAUUACUGGAGGUGCAGGAACAGGGAAGACACACUUAAUUAGAAGUAUUCAUUAUGAAGCAACCAGGCUUUUAUCACAGGUUUCAAGUGCUCCAGACAAGGUCUCAGUGCUAUUAACAGCUCCUACUGGAAUUGCUGCAUUUAACUUGGGAGCUGGUACAAUUCAUUCUACCUUUUCAAUAGGGACAGAUGUAAAACUUCCCUACACACCUUUAGGAGAAGAAAAAUUGAAUACGUUGCGUGUUUUAUUUAGUGAUUUACAUAUAUUGAUCAUAGAUGAGAUUUCUAUGGUAAAUCACAGUCUUCUAGCUUACAUUCAUGGUAGAUUACGACAAAUAAAGCAGACAGGCGACUACUCUCCUUUUGGGAAAGUUAGUGUAAUUGCAGUAGGAGACUUUUUCCAGCUGCCUCCAGUAAAGGGAAAGCCACUAUACUUGGAAAAUGCCCCAUUAGAUUUGUGGAAUGGCAUGUUUUCUAAGUCAGAGUUAACCACCAUUGUUAGACAGAAAGACUCUGCUUUUGCUGAAAUUCUGAAUAGACUACGUACACAUCACAGGUCUACACCAUUAUCACUGCAGGAUGUACAUGCUCUUAAACAGAGGGAAACUGGGGAAACAUCUUCUGCGCUGCAUAUUUUCGCAACAAAUGCUCAGGUAGAAGAGCAUAAUGUUAAGCAAAUUAUUGCAUCUUGCCCUGAACAUAUUUGUGUAGAGGCACAAGAUUAUGAAAAAAAUCGGCAAACUGGAAAAAUGCAGCUUAAAAAUGGACACUUUUCUAAAGUAUUUAAUUCAUGCUUACCAGAAAAGUUGUUAAUAGGAGAAGGUGCACGAGUAAUGCUAAUUAAAAAUAUUGAUGUUACUGAUGGGCUUGUGAAUGGUGUCUGUGGUACUGUUACAGACAUAGCACAUGAUAAAAAUAGCACAUUGGUGAAAACUGUGUUUGUUCAGUUUGAUGAUCAAAAAGUUGGCCAAAAUAGUCGAAAGUGUACACCACCACCUAGACAUAUCAUACAUUCAACACCAAUUAAUUUGGAAGAGGAGCGUGUUAAUAGCAAGGGAGGAUUGCGCAGGCAAUUUCCAUUAAAAUUGGCUUGGGCUUGCACUGUGCACAAAGUGCAGGGACUAACGGUAAAACAAGCAGUUAUAUCACUUAAAAAGAUUUUUGCACCUGGACAGGCUUAUGUUGCUUUAAGUCGAGUAGAGACUUUAAGUGGGUUAAUCAUUCAGGAUUUUGCUGAUAAAGCAAUUUAUUGUAGAAGUAAUAUCCAGGAAUGUAUUAAUAACAUGGCACAAUUUUCAUUAUAUAAUGUCAGUCCAAUUAAAACGCAGAACUCUUUUUCGGUUCUUUUAAUGAAUGUUCAGGGUCUAAAUUGUCAUUUGUUAGACUUAACUACUUCAGCACAAUCCUUUAGUUAUCCUUGUAUAGCGGUAACAGAGACUUGGCUACCUGCAAAUGUAUCAGGUGAUUCGACUCACAUUGAAGGUUACCAGUUUCAUAGUGCUCCACGUUGCCUUGCUUACAGUUCAGACAACCCCCUGUUAAAAUCAAUUCAGCAACAACAACAUGGGGGUGUUGGAAUGUACUGCAAAGAUAAUACUGAUUAUAGUAUUUUAGACAUUUCAGGUGUAAAUAUAGAAUGCAUUAUAUGUCAAUUCAACCAGCUUGAAAUAAUCAUAGUUGUGAUAUACAGACCACCACAAUAUUGUUUAUCAUUGUUCCAAAAAUACAUCAGUCAAUUAUGCAAUACAUUAUGCAAUUUGUCAGAUAACAUCUUUCUAAUUGGCGAUUGGAACCAUGAUGAACUGAAAUCUCAUGCCAUGUCUAUGUUUAUGGAAAAUCUAGGCUAUUCUCAGUGUGUAACAGAAUGUACCACUGAAAAUGGAACACUGAUUGAUCAUGUGUACAAAAAAAUGACAUCUAACUACACCAUCAAUACACAAGUUAUGCCAAUGUAUUUUAGUUCACAUGAAGCAAUUCAUUGUACAUUUUCACAAACAUAAGUGUUCCUCUCAAAUAUAAAAAAACUAUUAAAAACUAUAAUCAUAAGUAUAUCGCUAAUAUAAUGUGUACAACUUUAGCAUAAUCCAAUUGUCUCGUGUCAGCAAAAAUGUAUCUAGGUAAUGUAAAUAUAUACAGCUGCAAAAUUAUGAAAAUUAUUUAUUUAUUAUUUACUAAUAAGUCUGAGUACUUGGUGGUUGAGACAAUGGACCAUGAACACAGUGUUAGACUGUGCUUCUGGAUCCUUGUGAAACCAGUACCAGACUAUAACUGUUGUUGUGUGCUGCCCACAACAACAUUAAAACCUAAAAACAUGCUGUAACAUAUUUAUAUAAUGAUAUUUAAUACUAGUUUAAUUAAUUGUAUUUAUGCGAUGUUAAAUAGGUCUGUGUACUUGGUGGUUGAGACAAUGGACCAUGAACACAGUGUUAGGCUGUGCUUCUGGAUCCUUGUGAAACCAGUACCAGACUAUAACUGUUGCUGUGUUCUGCUCACAACAACAUUAAAACCUAAAAACAUGAACUUAAAUAUUUAUUAUAUUAUGAAAUUUAAUAGUACUUUUACAAACUGCUGUGUUCUGCUUCCAACAACACUAAAAACCAAAGAACAUGCUGUAACGUAUUUAUAUAAUGAUAUUUAAUACU